AAUUCUGAGUACUUUUCACACCCCUGUUUACAGUAUGUUUACAUUUCAGGUGAAGGGUAAAGUCCAGUAUUAUUUCAUCGACGUAGGAGAUAGGGGAGCACAGGCAUGGCAGAGGCAAGUCCAGCCAAAAAAUUAAAGCAGAGUGUCAAGGGCUACCUUUACAAUGUGAGCCCCUUAAAAGACCCACAGAAGUCCUAUUUUGAUGCCACUCUUCAACAUGGAAGUGAAUGUUCCAAAGUUGUAGUCUUCACCCCGCAGGAGCACGCACAGUUCCAAAAUGCUGAAAAGAAUCGGAGCCCAGUUAAUUUAGAAGAUGUGAUAUUACAACCAUCCAAGGAGUCCUAUGGAAAAAUGAAUGUGUUCUACACCCACAGCUCCACAAUGUCCUGCAUUUGUGAUCUAGGAGAUACAUUUAAUAAUACCUUGCCUGCUGAGCAUCAAGAAAUAACAUUGGCUGAACUCCCAAAACUGGUUACAAAGGUUCAGAGGGUCAACAUUAUUGCUAAGAUUAUGCAGGAAGAGCACAAGGGAAACAGUGUUGUAUGGGAUGGGAGAUAUCUUCCAAGAACGACAUAUACAGUGGCAGAUACUACAGCCUAUAUUAGCCUAACAGUCUGGUGUGAACACAACAUCACCAUCGGAGAAUGGUACCGUAUCACAAAUGUGUCUAUGAAACAGUUCAAGGACAAAACCUCCCUAACAACCACCAAAGACACAAGGAUUCUCAACAUCCCAUCUCAAGGUGCAGCGGUUGCUGUUGAAGUGCCUACAGAAACUAUAAGGUGUGAAAUCAUUGGUGCAAACGUGAAGAAUUUCUUCAUAUGCCUCCGUAAACAUAACCUAAGCCACAUAACACCAUCAAGUCCAACUGUCUAUUGUCCCUCAUGCAAAACACAUUACAAAACCAGUGCAACCACAAUGAAGUUUAGUGUUCACCUGGAUCUCAAACCAGAAACAGAAGGCAUUAUACAUGCAUGUGCUGAAGAUGAGGUCAUAAUGCCAGUGAUCACAGUAAAGCCCAAUGCAUCUCGAGAUGAGAUUAUCCAGAGCUUGAUGGCACUACCCACCAUGCAAGUUACAAUUUGCAAUAACGUCAUUGUCAAGAUUGAAGAUGCCUCUGAAUCUCACAAUCCAUUGAAUGCUGAAAUCAAGUCGGAUGAAGUUGUAUGCUCUUUGAAGCUCCCUACUAAGGUAGAACCACUAGAAGAUUCUGACUCUGUUUUUUAUUCACCGCCUGAUCUCGGUCUAUUCAGCUCAAGUCAACAAAAGAAAAUCUAAAGAUUGAUUCUUAUUACAAAAGAUUGCAAAUGUUUCUCUAAAAAGAUCAAUUCAAGAUAAUAAGACACUAAAUAUAACACACUUCACAGGCUUUUUAACCUGUACUGAUUUAUAUUGUGUGAGGAAAAAUUAAAAGGGUGAGAUUAAGUCAAUAUUUUAUUAACUAAAAUUGAUGGAGUUUUGGGUUCUUUCUUGCCACAGUUGCCUUCAGCUAAAAGACAAAUCAUUUUAAAGCAUGAUUUUUAAUUAUACUAUUCAUUCAUUUAAACUGGACAAUUAGGACUUUAAGACAUUACUGCAUCUUUUCUGUAAAGCUGCGUUGAAAUGGUUCGUGCUGUGAAAAGCUCUAUACAAAUAAAAAUUCCUUGACCUUGUUCGCAUGAAGACAUUUUUUUUUGGUAAUUUUACUAAAGAAAUAAUUAAAAUAUUAACUGGAAAAUAUUUAGUAGCUGGCAGCACGAACACUUCUAUUAUAGUAAUGUUUUUAUUCAUCACUUUUAAAACUACAGUGGUCAUUAGAAUAAAAUAAUUAGGAUUAAUCUCACUAUUUUACAUUCAGUCUUAAGAAAAUACUUUUUUUUUUUUUUAAAUAAGAUUUACGCAUUUCAAUUCC